UGACUUGGCAAUGGGAGUUGAAGAAGAAAAAGAAUUUAAUAGAUGGGUAGUUAUAUAUAAAUAUAUAGAACUUUGAAUAUAUUUAGUUUCCCAUUUAUGUCAUGAGAAUAUAGGAAGUUUUCUUUGCAGAGAAGGAGAAGGAAACUGAGGAUAAAAAUUGAAUCUUUCUGUGAUUUCCUUAUUUUAGUAAAAAAAGGAUUUCGAGGAUUAAGUCAGGUAAUAAAAAAUUCGUUCUUUCUUUUUUCUUUAUCACAACACAGCUACAAUGGAACAGUUUAAAUCGAUUCCAGAAUCCCAUAUCAAGGAGGAUCUAUCUUUUAAGCAUUCUCCAAAAAGUGACAACAUACAUGAGGGUUCAGGGAGUCCACGAAAUAGAAAGGUAAUAGCCAGAUGGAAUCCAAUUGAAGCUUGCAGACCUAGCAUUGAUGAAGCACCAGUAUUUUAUCCUACAGUUGAGGAAUUUGAGGACACACUUGGUUAUAUAUCAAAUAUACGUGCAAAAGCAGAGCCAUUCGGUAUAUGUCGAAUUGUCCCUCCACUUUCAUGGAGGCCACCUUGUCGUCUUAAGGAGAAAGAUAUAUGGGAAAAUGCUAAAUUUUCUACACGAAUUCAGCAAGUUGACUUGCUUCAAAACAGGGAACCCAUGAGAAAGAAAUUUCGAAGCCGGAAGCGAAAAAGGAGGCGGCAUUCAAAAAUGGGAGCAUCCAGGAGACGUGCCACUUCUUGUUCAGAAGCAAAUGCUGCUUCUGAGGCUGAUGAGAAAUUUGGUUUCCAAUCAGGAUCAGACUUCACACUUGAGGAAUUUCAGAAAUAUGCUGAUCACUUUAAAGCAUGUUACUUUGGAGUGAUGGACUCAAUGGAGGAUGUAAAGCCUGGGAUUGAACAUCAGAAAUUGGAACCCUCUGUGGAGGAAAUUGAGGGUGAAUACUGGCGGAUUAUUGAGCAGCCGACAGACGAGGUUGAGGUAUACUAUGGAGCUGAUUUGGAAACAGGAACCUUCGGAAGUGGGUUUCCUAAGGCUUCAUCGAUGGCGAUUGAAGGUGAUUCAGAUCAGUAUUUUGAUUCUGGUUGGAACUUAAACAAUCUCCCACGCCUGCCAGGUUCUGUGCUAUGUUUUGAAGAAAGUGAUAUCUCAGGAGUUCUAGUUCCUUGGCUGUAUGUUGGAAUGUGCUUAUCAUCAUUUUGUUGGCAUGUUGAGGACCAUCACCUAUAUUCACUAAAUUACUUACACUGGGGCGAGCCAAAGAUAUGGUAUGGAGUACCUGGAAGCCAUGCUGCCAAUUUGGAGAAUGCAAUGAAAAAGCAUUUACCUGAUUUAUUUGAAGAACAGCCUGAUUUACUCCAUGAACUGGUAACUCAACUAUCUCCUUCUGUUCUAAAAGCUGAGGGUGUACCAGUAUACCGAGUUGUCCAGCACUCUGGGGAGUUUGUUCUUACUUUCCCCAGGGCGUACCACUCUGGCUUCAACUGUGGCUUCAACUGUGCAGAAGCGGUUAAUGUAGCUCCUGUUGAUUGGUUAGCGCAUGGGCAAUAUGCAGUUGAGCUCUACAAUAAGCAGCAUCGAAAGACAUCGAUAUCCCAUGACAAGCUACUACUGGGAUCAGCUCAGGAAGCAGUUCAGGCCCUUUGGGAGCUAUUACAUCUUGGAAAGGAAACUCCUGGAAAUUUGAGGUGGAGAAAUGUCUGUGGAAAGGAUGGGCUACUUACCCAAGCAGUAAAGACAAGGGUACAGAUGGAGGAGGAAAGAUUGCAGAACCUUCCAACUCAUUUAAAAUUGCAAAAGAUGGAAAAAGACUUUGAUUUGGGUAAUGAGAGAGAGUGUUUCAUGUGCUUCUAUGACUUACACUUGUCAGCUGCCAGCUGCAAGUGCUGCCCUGAACAAUUUGCGUGCCUUAAACAUGCAAAGGAUUUUUGUUCAUGUGAAAAUGACGAGAGUUAUGUCCUUGUCCAUUAUACGGUAGAUGAAUUAAAUAGACUAGUUGAAGCACUGGAGGGAAGUUUGGAUGCUAUAAAAGUGUGGAUUUCUAAAGAAUUUAGAUUGGUUUCUGAGGCUGACAAUGGUGCUCAUGAAUGUAAGGUGGAACAGAAGUGUGAUUUGUUCCAAAACAACUAUUGUGAGCAGAGUGAAAGUCCGUCUUGUUCCCCAAGAACAGAGGAAUUACUGGGUACCAAUAUCUCUUGUUCAAAUAGUCAAGUUUCUUCAGAAGUGACACAGUCCAAUAGCCAUGAUCACAUCUUUAACAAUGAUGCUAUGAUCCUGAAGAAUAAACCUGUGGUCAAGAAAGAGAGUUGCAUUGAUUUGAAUCUUGAUUUUAUGUCCGUUGAUCAUGAAAAUGAGUCUUUCGAUGCAUCUAAUAGCUCUGGUAACAAAGUUAGAUCAGAUGUAGAGACAAAUAAGUCGAGAGGUAAGCAAGAUAAUGUCAGCAAUUCAGACACAGCAAAAGGAAAAGAUUUACCACAAGUUGAUCGUGAUUGUAAUUCAUCAGAAUUGCAUGAAUUAUCAAAUGAAGACCACCCUUCAUCAUAUUCACCACUUGUGGGGGAUACUUGUGGAUGUAGUAAAAAGUUGUUUGGAGUUGAUCUUUCUGUUCCACUGUCUUCAGUGGUUCAAUCAGAAAGCCUUGAAACAAGAACAAUCAAUAGUUCACAUGUCAGACUAUCCAUAACUGACCUAGUUAACCUAUCCUAUAACUUUGGUUCAUUUGUUGAACCUAUAAAUUUUGGUUCUAUUAUGCUUGGAAAGCUUUGGUGCAGUAAGCAGGUCAUAUUCCCCAAAGGAUUUAGAAGUCGAGUUCAAUUCUUGAGCGUGCUUGAUCCCAGGAAAUCUUGUAGCUAUAUUUCAGAAAUUGUGGAUGCUGGACUCCUUGGCCCUCUUUUUAAGGUAUCUUUGGAAGAAUACCCAAGUGAAACAUUUACAAAUGUUUCAGCAGAGAAGUGCUGGGAAAUGGUGCUGCAACGACUGAAUGAGGAAAUCAUGCGAAGGAACACCCUAGGAGAAAGAGGUCUGCCUCCUGUGCUGCCUUUGCAAAGUAUUAAUGGGCUUCAAAUGUUCGGGUUUUCCACAUCACCCAUUCUUCAGGCUAUUGAGGCUCUUGAUUCGAAUCAUCAGUCUGUGGACUACUGGAAAAAUAGGCUUGUAAAUUUGAGCACCACAAGUGAAGUCAAGCAAUCCCUGAUUGGACUGGGUUGCAAUCCCGUAGACCCAGAGGAUAAAAUUGGCAAUAAUGUGAUGACAAAAUAUCCAGACAAUCUAAAUGCACAAGGUCAUUCAGAUGAAGAAGAAGAAGUGCAGCACAUUGUGCGAGGACUAUUCAAGAAAGCGAAUUCCGAAGAGCUAAAAAUAAUGCGUAAGGUUUUGUGCAGCGAUACACAAAGUGCUGAACGGAGAGCUGCAUUAACAACAUUGAUGGAGGAGAUCCAGAAAACAAGUAGAUAAAUAAAACAGAUAACAGUAGGUCUCACCAUUCUUUUUCAAUUUUUUUUCUUUCUAAAUCAUUGAGGGUAGCAUUGGCUAAUUUUCUCAGUUUUUAGGCCCAUUCUUUCAAAGAUUCAUAACAGGACAGAGGUCCUGGGCAUUAGAUGUGAACAAAAGUUUGCAGCAUGCCUACUCACUACAUUGAUAGAGAAUCUUGGUUUGCUGAUGGUCUUAGCUUAUAAUAGAAAGGAUAGAUGUAUACUUUAGGAACAGUUUACUAACACUUAUGAAAUAUAUGUUAGUAAUUAGUCUUGAUUCA